UGUCCUCUAGUCUUCUCCCUCUUCUCUCUUUUAUCUGAACAAAAAGCUCACCAUUUCACCAUCAUAACGACAUGGAUGCACUGCCCGUUUGAAACUUAACUCUCACGUUUCUUUUUCUCUAUAAAACUUCCAAAGUUUUGUCUAUUUUCUCUACUUCAAUCGCUCUCUCACAAAAGAGCACAAAAAAGCAGUUUUUUUUUUUCUUUUCUUUUAAUUUUAAGUUUUGUUAUACAUAUGGCGAAGAUAUUACCGAUUAGGUUUAGGCGGGUAGCGGCGGCGUUUGAUGAGGUGGCACGUGCAAGGCUGUGCGAGAGCAGUGGGAGCGAGCACUCGCCGGAGAGUUCAACAACUGAUUUAUCGGAUCUUGUGAAGUCUUUUCUUGAGAGAGACGGCGUAGGUGGGGGAUAUGAAGAAGAAGACGAAAGAGACCAGGCGGAAACGGGGAAUUUUUGGUGUGAUUCUGAGAAGAUAGAGACGUUGGAGGGCAUUUUUGGAGAUAAAAAUGAUUGUGAGAAACAAAGGAUCCUUGCAGAGACAGAAUUUGCAUGUAGGCUGGCUGGGGAUUGGUCUUCUGAAAGCUUUAAACGUCGGUUGAUGACUCAUUUACGUGAUAGAGGAUUCGAUGCCGGUCUCUGCAAAUCUCGGUGGGAGAAAACUGGGCGGUACCCAGCUGGGAGUUAUGAAUAUGUGGAUGUGAACAUUAAUGGUGCGAGUUCUCGCUACAUUGUGGAAGUAAAUCUAGCUGCAGAAUUUGAGAUUGCUCGUCCCACAGAUGGUUACAUGUCACUGCUAGGAGUUUUUCCUCCAAUCUUUGUUGGUAAACCAGAAGAGCUUAAGCAGAUUGUGAGGCUGAUGUCUGCGGCCGUCAAAGAGUCGAUGAAAAGUGUGGACAUGCAUGUGCCACCAUGGAGGAGAAAUGGGUACUUGCAAUCUAAGUGGUUUGGUUCUUAUAAGAGGACAACCAAAGCAGUUUCAGUCACCAAAAAAUCAAAACCUGAUGAGGCUUUUAAUGUUACAACAAAUCGAUCCAUUGGUUUUGAGGCCUUGCAAGUGAGGUCAUACUUCUGCAGAGAUCAUGAUUUUGCCAGAAGGGUUGGUUUAAAAGCCGGGCAGCUCACGGCUGCAUUCAAUGAACAAUAACAUGGGUAUGUAAAAGGAGAAGUGGAUCAAUAACCACCACUGAGUAAGCCAGCGAUCAAUUACGACUCUCUCGGUUGUU